UCGGAUGGUGCUAGUGUACGGGGUGAUUGCUGGUUGGCGCGGACACGGUAGGCCAAAGGACCUGCAGUUCCCAGGUCGCCUGCGCGCCCAUGCCAACAUUCAACAAGCAACUGGACAAGCCACUUGAAUCAACUGACAUUGAAGGCCACAAAAUGGGACUUUUAUAGAGAAGUACUUGAUGGUCAGCAUGGACAUGGAGGGCAAAGAUAUGCACUGUACGAUUCUAUAACAAACUUGUGUUCUACAUUGAAAGUUGCAAGCUAAAAUUUCUCGUUGCCAGAUUAGCGAAAGUAGAUUAUUUAAUGCGAAUUUAAAAAAAUGUUCAGAUAAUUUAAGAAUCCAAUAUUAUAAUUCGACCACAGUCCAAUAAAAUGGAUCCGAAAGCUGUUUUCAGCGAUAUUUUUUAUUUGCGAUCAUAAUUCUACUAAAACUACUUAAGAUAAAAUGCGGUGACAGAGGUUCCACACAACGUAACGCAAUUGAAUCUGUAACAGACUUUCGCAGAAAUUUAAGUUUUUCCAAAAAACCGCUCAAGGAGUCAUCGCGCUUAAAAAAAAAAAUACUGGGUCUCCCGUCCGACCGAGCAGUGUUAACCAAAUAUACUCGUAUCUUUGGUGUUAACCCAUGGCACUCUCGUUUUCAGUCUCGCUUUUCGAUCGGUUUUGUUUCGACUCCCCACGUGUCUGUUCCUUAACAAGUCAUCCAUUCUCCCAUGUACUUUUACCAAAAUGAACUGCCCUAAAAUGUCCCAAAUUGAUGCCACCAGUUUCCACUGAAAUCGCACCGCUGCUCCACGGCCAUUUUCAACAAUCAAACGGCUCAGAACCGAGGGAGGAGAGAGGGGAGGGGGGUGAUUUCACUCGGACUUAGCACAGCCCAUGCUUAUCAUCCUAUUUAAACAUGUUUAUCAUCGAUCCCACAGCCAAAAUGGCUUAUUGUGUGCCCCACAUUUCCUUGAUUAUUGUGUUUUUUUUUGCAUAUCUUCCAUUAGACCCUAUUGUCACCCAUUCCUUCUCUCCAGAGAUGCUGCCUGUCCCGCUGAGUUACUCCAGCAUUUUGUGUGUCCUAACAUCCUAUGAUUGGAUGGGCUCCCUUCGUUGGUGACGACGAACUGGCUCCGUGAUAGACGGUGGGUUCUCCCCGCCCGCCGACGACCCUAUUUUACGGGAGAGGCGCAACCAACACUGAAGCAAAGAAGCAAGAGCCGUUGGAUUUCCUUGUUCGAAAAGGCGGGACCAAAGAUCUUAUAGCUCCGCUAUAAUCUUUGGGCGGGACCAUCAUGAAGGUGGUGGUUGAUGGACAGUUUCGGUUGUCUCGGCGCAGUGGGUGCUGGGAUUGUCAAAACAAGCCGCAUCCGUCCGUUCUUCUGAGGUUAGACCCGCACAGGCAACGACGCCAUCUUGAAAACUUGGGCUUGUUGCUGUUCUUUCCCGCCGAUCGCGACACAGAAAUGCAUCUAUAUUGUUAAUAGUUUAGUUCCCUGCUCUCAUUUUAAAUUUAUUUAAAACAAUCCCCGUCCCGGUUUAAUUACUCCGCAUAAUAAAUAUAUGAAACGGUUGGUGCAUCAUGUUUUGGAAGUUUGAUCUUCACACAUCAUCCCAUGUAGACACGCUCCUGGAGAAGGAAGAUGUGACCCUUACUGAAUUAAUGGACGAAGAAGAUGUUUUGCAGGAAUGUAAAGCUCAGAACCGUAAACUGUUGGAUUUCCUGGUCAGACCACAGAGUAUGCAUGAUUUGGUAACGUAUAUCACCCAGGAACCACCAGACGACAUGGACGAAAAGAUGAAAUACAAAUAUCCCAACAUAUCAUGUGAGCUGCUUACUUCAGAUGUAGCACAACUAAAUGACCGACUAGCAGAAGAUGAACCUUUGCUAACAAAACUUUACAGCUUUCUGCAGAAUGAGCUACCACUUAACCCUUUGCUUGCAAGUUUUUUCAGUAAAGUGCUAAGCAUUCUUAUCAGUAGGAAACCUGAACAGAUUAUUACAUUUUUACGAAAGAAGGAUGCAUUUGUAAGUUUAAUGCUCAAACACAUUGGGACGUCGGCACUUAUGGACUUGCUACUCAGGUUAUUGACAUGCAUUGAGCCACCACAGCUAAGGCAAGAUGUUUUAAAUUGGUUGAAUGAGGAAAAGAUUAUUCAACAUUUAAUAGAAAUGAUACAACCAUCUCAAGAUGAAGAUAGGCACUCCAAUGCAUCACAAUCGUUGUGUGAAAUCAUCCGCCUUAGCAGAGACCAGAUGAUUCAGAUGCAGAGCUUACCAGAACCAGAUCCACUUUUGGCCACAAUAGAAAAGCAAGAAACUUUAGAAUACUUGCUUGCAAGUGUCCUCGAUAAGGAGAAGAUCGAAUCAGCAAUUGUGAAUUGUAUCCAAAUAUUAUUGACAUUGCUGGAGACUCGAAGGCCUGCUUUUGAAGGCCAGCUAGAGAUUUGUCCAACUGGUAUGAAUCAUGCAGCCUUUUCUGUGAGUAAUAGCACAUUGCAAGCCAUUAGAGAAAGGCUGAAAGACUUCCAUCAAAUACUACUGGAACCUCCAAAGAAAAGUCCAAUGAAAACGACGUGGGGAAUAUUAAACACGCCAGUGGGGAAUACCCGUCUAAAUGUGGUCAGACUUGUAGCCAGCCUUCUGCAAACAAACACAUACAGUAUUAAUGCAGAACUUGUAGAACUUAACACUAUAGAUGUUUUAUUGGAUAUGUACUUCAGAUACAUUUGGAAUAAUUUUCUUCAUGUACAAGUAGAAAUUUGCAUUGCAACAAUCUUAGGAAGUCCUCCACCUCUUGACACCAGCAUAGAAAACAACAUAGAAGAAAAUCUUGAUACUGCCAGAGAAAAUAUAUUAAUUAAACAUUUGUUGCAGAAGUGCCAAUUAAUUCAGAGAAUACUCGACGCAUGGGACAAUAAUGAAAAAGAACAAUCAGAAGGUGGAAGACGGAAAGGGUACAUGGGUCACUUAACACGGAUAGCCAAUGCUGUUGUGCAUAAUGCUGAGAAGGGGCCAAACAGUGCAUUAAUAAAUCAGCUGCUUAAAGAUCUUGAUGAGGAUUACAGGGAAAGAUGGGAAACGUUUACCACGGGUUCAUUGGCAGAAACCAAUAAGAAGAAUACUGUGGAUUUGGUUAGCACACACAAUAUACAUUCAUCCAGUGAUGAUGAAGUUGAUUUUAAAGAACAGGGCUUUGCUCCAGACUCAGGGUUACAGCAAGCCUUUUCUGAUUAUCAGAUGCAACAAAUGACGUCCAAUUUUAUUGACCAGUUCGGCUUCAAUGAUGAAGAGUUUGCUGAUCAGGAAGACAUGGUGAAUGUCCCCUUUGAGCGAAUUGGUGAUAUCAAUUUUUCAUUGAAUACAAAUGAGAGUGCUAAUGUAGCACUAUUUGAGGCAUGCUGUAAAGAAAGGAUACAACAAUUUGAUGACAGCGGGUCCGAUGAAGAAGAUAUUUGGGGAGAAAAGGAUGUAACCUUUGCACAAGAUACAAAAAAUCGACACAGAAGUUCAGGUAGCACAGACAGUGAAGAAAGCACAGAUUCUGAAGACGAGGAAAGUGACAAACGGAAUAAUACAUUUGAGCCCAGUGGUACCAAUCCGGAUGACAGAAUGGAAAUUGAUGCAAAUGAUGCCCCAGGGUGGACAGCAAACUUUGAAGUGCCUAUGGAAACUACAAACAUAAAUGCAUCAAAUUCCAGUGGACCUACUUUGUGGAGUUCAGGUGAUGCGGUAUCGCAGGAAAGUGGAUGGGCUACUUUUUCGGAUUUUUCCUCUCAGUUAAGUUCAAAGGAUCCUUUAAGAAGUAGCUCCCCAAUUGCAAUGGAAACCAGUUUGGACCCAGGGGAUGCUCGACACAGUUGUGUAGCAGCACAUCGUGAAGAUUUUGUUGCAACCUCACACCUUGCCUACAAAGAACAAAAAGCGGGGUCAGCCACGUUAAAUUUAGAACCCAAUUUGUCCGAUGGUGAGGAUGAAGAGGUGGCUACAGACCAAGUAACAGAGACAGUCACAAAUGGCUCCAUGAAGGAGACAGUAAGCCUUACAGUAGAUGCCAAAACUGAAACUGCUGUGUUUAAAAGAGUGUUGAAAUCCUAUCGUGAGGACGUAAAGUUGUCUACCUCUGAAGAUGUUUCUUCAAAAUAUACGUCGCCAGAUCAUUUAGAAGCUGCAAAAGUCACCUCAACGUCACUGUCUAAUGAUUAUCGAAUAGAUGGUUUGAGGCCCAAUGAAGACAAUAUAAAAUCUCGAGCAAAAGACACCUUGAAUGGCCCCAUUGACAAUGUAGCAUCAAUGGAAGAAGUCAAGAUGGCUCAACAAGUCCUGUCACCUGAAGCUUCAAUUAAUGGACCUGCAUGAAUAAUUCUGCCUGCUGUUGUCUACUCCAGCCUGAGCAGCUACUAUCCAGGGGUAUCAGUGGGGUCUACUGGAGACACUGGGUUUAGGCCAAUCAAAGCCAGUCACUGCUGCACUAAAUUUACAUGGGAUCAGGACCAGCAAUAUUCUUAUCGUAUUUUUUUUUAAAGAUGGAUGUGCAAAGAAGAGUUUGAAUGAAAUGUAUAAAUGAGGGUAUUACAUGUUAACAGAUGCAAAGAACUGUUGCGUGCAUUUGUUUCGAAUACAUGUCCUUUUAAAUGGGUUGAUCAGUCCAUUAAAUAUCUUGCCACUCACAUAAUUAGUAUUGUUGCCAUGGUUAUAAGAGUAGAAUAUUUUAUAAAAGUGUGUAUACUUAAACCUAACGUAUAUAAUUGAAGUAUACCAAUUGGAACACAUAGUGUGACCAAAGUGUUUAGAAAUUUUCAUACUUUUUUUCAUCUUGUAUAAGAAUUUAACUUUCAGUGUUUCUUCCAAGUGGGCAGUGUAAAUUGUAGAGGUGAAAUGCAAAUGUAAAAGUGUUAUUUUGAUCGAGUUGCCUAUAUUAAACCAAUUGCUAGGAAAAAAAUAAUUGUAAAUGUUCAAGAGUGACUUUCCUUCAGAUUUUAUUUGUAAACAUUUCUUGAAAUCUAGAUUAGUCUUGGAAACUCUAUUAAGUCAGAGCUUAAAUAUACUUGUUACUCAAGAUGAGUUGAUCAUUUGGUAUGUCACUGAAUAACCAUAAGUAUGUUUGUCCUGUAUCUUUUAAUUUCAGAGCAACAGAUUGUACAAAUCAAAGGUGAAGAAUGCUGAGCAUUAGCUUUGAAUUGCACGUGGCUAUUGUGUGGUUCACUUAACUAAAGAUCUGAUCAUUUUACUAUUUUUAAAAAAUUCCGUUGAAUCAUUUAACCAGUUUGUUUUUUUUAGAUCCAUUUAUUUUGCCAGGUGAAUAGAGCUUGAUCAGGAUGAACUGAUGCCUGAGCAGUUAACGUAAUAUGAGUUGGCUAAAAGAUUAUUUUGAAAUAAAUUUCUACGGAGUGAAGAGCCUACUUGAGGAAAGUAUGACAGUAACUCCAUCUUUUGAAUUCAGGGAUUUAAAGUGUUUGGCAGAUUGGACCUCUUCAAGGGACCUUACUGGACUGUUAAUGGAGGCGAUGACUAGUAUUGGGUUAUACUAAGGCAAUUUUGAAAAUGUCAUUUGACAAAGUGCCUAUGGUACAGGUUAAAGUCUGAAAUGAGAUGAUGGUAAUGCUUGAUAAAUUUGUGGAAGAAUGCUUUCACAUUAGAAAAUAGUAUCUGUUGCAGGAAAGUCAAAUAAGAUGUGCACUCGCCUAUUGGUGUGGCCUGUUCUUUGCAGCAUCUACAGUAACUAUAUUGUUGGAUCCUUCAAGCACCUUAAUAUGUUCAAAGUCAAUGAAAUAUUUUAUAUCAACUUCAUCACUGUUUUAAAAAAAAAACAGCUUGGGAUUAGAGCUCUAGAAAUAAGCAUUGGAAAAGAAAAUCAAACCCAGCAAUGCAAUUUUCUGUGAUCUUCCAAACUGCUUUGGGGUGAUAAAAUCCAAAUACAAUUGUUAAUGCUUGAUUCACCACUUAAACUUCUAAAAUAGUUGAUCACAGAUACUUGAAGAUUGGGAUACUGAAACAUCUUUUACAGUGUAGCAAUUACUUAAAAAUGUGGUAGGAUUAUAGUGUACAAUUUUUUUAAAGUAAAAAAUUAGAUUGGGAAAAGAUGGAUUAUUUCCAAACCGGAACUGUGGGAGUUACAAUGUUAUAUAGAUGUGGCUGCCAAGUGGGGGAUAAAAGUCUAUUCCAUCUUGACAAUCUUUUGUUUGCAAGGUUUAUGUGUUUGGUUGCAUGAUAAAAUGGCAAUCGUUUUUAAUACACCGCCAGGAUGGACAUGAACCACUCACACAAGUACAAAAUGUAAAAAGUAUUGGCAUCUUGCUGUCAAAUGAUUCUGGUUGUAUGAUACAUUUUCAUUUGUCCAAUUUCCAAUGUUCAUCCAAUAUACAAUGUAAAUAUACUUUGUUAAAUUUAAUGCCUUUAGUUAAAGUUUGCAAUAAACUGAAUUGCUUAAGUUGUACAAAA